AUGGCGGCCAGCACCACAACCCCAACCGCCACAACAAGGCCGUUUUUCACAAUGAAUCCGACAACAACAGAGCACGACUUUCGCUUCCCGCGCAGGCCAGGUGACUCCAUGGCCGGCACCGGACUUGGAGCCGCCGCCAUGUCAUCGAUGCCCUCUGCCAACAACCACCAGCACCACCCCAUGAGCGCAUUCAACCACCACAAUGCUGCCAAUGCCCGUGGCCGUGAUGGCUUCGGCCGCCCUAAUAACAGCAUCAACGGCUUUACGGCCAACAUCAACCACCAGCAGAGCAGUAGUAACAAUAACAGCAUGAACAACAUGAACAACACCAGUAGAAACAUCGGACAUGCCACCAGUGACCACCGCAACCAGCCGGCGUCCAGCGGCGGCGCAGCCUAUGAUCUGCUCCGCUCAUCCGCUUUCCCGCCUUUUCAGGACGGCCUGGCUGGCAUGACCCAGAGCCCAGACGAGAUGCAGAAACAGGACCCGCUGGCUACCCAGGUCUGGAAGUACUUUGCUAAGACCAAGCUGGCCCUGCCCAACCAGGAGCGCAUGGAGAACUUGACUUGGCGAAUGAUGGCCAAGCCGCUGCAGGCCUAUCGUAGGCAAAUGGAGACAGACCGGGCACCCCGUUUCUCGGAAACAGCCCCUCAAAAAUCGACAAGCGGCAUCGCGCAAUUGCGCAAGUCCUCGGAGCAGACCCAAUCCCAGGGGUCUGACCUCAUGAACCUGGACGAUUUCAUCAACGGCGAAAACAUGGGCACGCCAGCUGGCAUGUCUCUUGCGCCUUCACCCGAAACAUCCUCCAAGAUGGCUGACGAUAGAGCUGCUCACCACUCCACGGCUUCAGCUAUCCCUAUCAAGGCUCGCAACAAGGACCAACAUCAGCACAUGAUUCCUCAGUCUGUCCCCGCGGCCUUGCACCACCCAAGGAUGCAGACCGAAUUUGGCUAUCUCCCUCGACACCUUCGAAAAACCAGCAUCGACGAGACGAGCAAACGCAACCUGAACCGAAAACGCCCUGCCGAUUUCUCUCCUCACGUCUCCGCCGUGACACCCAACUACGCAGCUAACGGCCUUGACGCCGAUAAUGAUCUCCAUGAUUACUCGCUUGAUCAUACGAGCCAUGGCGGCAUGCAGCAGCAAACCGCCCAUUCUUCGGUUCCCUACGCUCUCGAUACCGUCAACCUCGAUGCCGACCCUUUUAUCACCUCUGCCGGUCCCUUCCAGCAGAACUUCUCCUUCUCGCCGUCCACGUCGCCGAUGGUUAGCCACGAUCCAUUCACGACCAUGUUUGGCCCCAACAACUCUUCCUUACACACUGGGCCUAUCAAUAGCAACAACUUCUACUCGCCACCGGCUUCCGCUUUCCAGUCGACUGCCUCUACACCUCACCCCAUGAACGAAGGGGGCGAUAACUUCUACUUCGGUGUAGACAUGCGCCAGGCUCGCCAGCAGCCUUAUCGGGCAGGAAAUCAUGGCAUGGGCAACACUAUGGCUCACCACAGUCAUAUCGACCCCACCCAAGUGUUUCACAACGAACAGCCGGUCCGAUCACCCGGCAUUAAUCUCUUGCAGGACAGCUUGUUCACGUUCGGCGCGGAAUCGGAUGGAGACGAGGAGGAAGGUGGCGCAUUUGCUGAUCGCAACCUCUCGAUUUCUCAUGACUUCUCUUCUCAGGGCAUGGAGGAACCUGCAUUUGAUUCGUCGUCUAUGGGAUGGGACCCAACUCUACCUGGAAACUUCAGCACGCAGGCUGCGAGGUAUCCUGGUGGCCCGCCAAGGAAACAGGUUACGAUUGGCGCUACAACAACCGAUUAUGUUGAUAACACUGGGGAAUGGGAUGGAAACGGUCUUCCCAGAGCCAACCCGUUCGAGAGGCUUGCCCAGUCUACCUUCAACUCGCCGCCAGCCGACGCUGGUCGUUCGUCUGGUCUUUCCUCGGUACCGGCUAGCCGGCCUUCAUCCCCUCCUCCCGGAGCGAAACAGGGCUCGACGACGAACUUGCAGGGCGCGGCUGGAAACUCGGCAGAGACCCCAACAACUUGCACCAACUGCUUCACCCAGACGACCCCCUUGUGGCGCCGUAACCCGGAUGGACAGCCCCUUUGCAACGCUUGUGGCUUGUUCUUGAAGCUACAUGGUGUCGUGAGACCACUUAGUUUGAAGACCGAUGUCAUUAAGAAGCGGAAUCGCGGUUCGGGAGCGAGCUUGCCUGUAGGCGGUACAAGCACACGGUCCAAGAAGAGCGCGAGCAUGAGCGCAGCGGCUCGGAAGAACUCGACCUUGUCUGUUACCUCCAACGCGAACAACCAGCCAGCCGCCCAAGUGGCGACACCGCUGGCUCAGCAGAACCGUGCCAGUAGCGUCAACCACGAGAGCGAGAGCCCCGCGAGUGGCCCCGCUUCCGGUGGUAACACUGCGGGUAGUACCCCCACGAGUUACCACGGAAGCGCAGGCUCUUCGAGUGGUGUUACUGGGAAGAAUGUGAUACCCAUCGCGUCCGCGCCCCCCAAGGCUGCGCCCGGACCUGGAGCGGGCUCUAUGUCACGUCGCGAUACAAUUAGCUCGAAACGCCAGAGGCGCCAUAGCAAGAGCGCUGGAAGCGAUCAGCCUGUCAGCGCCGGAGCUGUUAGCAGCAGCGGAAUGGACGUCGAUAGUCCCGCCAACUCGACGGGAUCUAAUGAAACAAUGCCCACCUUCAACCCCGGUGGUGCAUUUUCUUCGCUUCCCCCAACGACUCAGGCCAGCCUUGGUUUGGCAAUGGAUACAUCAACACCUCUCGUCCUAUGGUUGGAACUGGUGGCAUGA